AUGAUCAAGACUCUCUCCAUCGCCGCGUCCGUGCUAACGCUGGCGACAACCGUACUGGGCGGCUGCGAAACCAUCAGCUACACCACCUGCGCUGAUAACAUUGUGCACUGGUACAACCCAACAAAUGGAGAAGUCUGCGACCCCCUCGACUGUGGAGGUGGUCGUGCCCCCGUCAAGUACGACGUCCCCUGUUGCGCAGCUUACAGAGGCACGGAACCCUGCGUUUCGACUACCUCUACUCUCUCUUGCUGGAAGCCCUCAUCUGUCUUGGCUUCUUCGACGGCAGCAUCCACCUCUGCUGAGGCUACUGAGGCUACUGUGACCGAGACCGCUAUUAUAUCUACUUCUACUGGGGCGGCGAAGACUUCCGAGAGUGAUCCUGGCAGUAGCACUGCGCCCAUGACCACCACUGCGCCGACUACUUCCAAUGCCGCGACAACGUCGAAGAGCGAAGAGUCUAGCAGUGGCUCGGUCGCAUCAAGUGAAUCUGCGUCACCUAGUGACUCCGCUGCAACCAGCAGCUCUGCUGCGCCGGUCUCCACUAACAUUGCGGGCGGCUUUGUUGGCUCGUUGAAGGCUGUUGCGGGUGCUGCGAUUGGAGCUAUUGUUCUUGUUUAA